UUGACAUAUUUUGAUCAGUUCUUUCCGGAAUUUUUUUUUCAGAAAUUAUUGAAAGCGAAAUUGCGGCAGACACUGGAACACGGUCGAAAUGCUCCACCAAAGAAAGUACCAAUAACGCGUUUCCUCUACCCAUAUUUUCGAGAUUCUCAUGACAUGGAACCGCCAAGGAACAAGGAGACAGAACUGAUGCUGUAUCGAAGAGAAUACAACCCCUUGUUACGGGAAGAAAAGAAAUGUACGCUGCUUUUAAUCCUUUUUUUCCCAAGGACAGUCAAGGAAUGCCAAAUCUUGCGAAGUGCUGUCCGAAAAUCACUUAUUGAAGCGCGUAUUCAACCGUUUCUUCGAAGGCGUGAAUUGCUCGCCAAAAAAAUCCAGGCAAGUGGACAGGAAACAGCAGCACAGCAAGUAGCGGAAUGGAGAAGUUCGCUGGCUGAGCAGGAACGCCUUAUCAAUUAUCACAAGUAA